UGUAUCGAGGCAAACCUGGAUAAUAUCGAUCUUCGAAUACGCGUUUGCAACGUAUGGUACUUGUGAAAAUACAAUAUCUACCGAGAGAGAACACGGAGGGAAAGUAAUCCUCCACCGUAGGUAGUCAGACGACUGACGAUGACAGUAGAGGCUGAUCGUAUGAACGAAAGAUUACUUGAUUGCAUGAUAACUGACUUUCGGUAUGACUCAUCGACAUUUUAGUUCUCGAUUGUCUCUCGAAACAUUAAGAUUACAACAGAUAUAAGGAAAGUUAAGAUGUAACAAUAUUAACGCUCGUGAAACAACUGUAAUUAAUCCUUUUAAGAAAACAGAAUUAUAUUAUAAUUGGUAUAGAUUUUUAAUAUACGAGAUAAAAAAUAAUAUGGCGUUUCUAAGACUGUUAUUUUAUGGCGAUCUUAUAUUUAUUAUAGAAAGUCUCAUAUUUAUUACUACAGCACGUUCUGCCGAUGAAAAUACAGAAAAGAUUACCAAUACAUCGAUUACUACAGCACUUUCUGCCGAUGAAAAUACAGAAAAGAUUACCAAUACAUCGAUUACUACAGCACUUUUUGCCGAUAAAAAUACAAAAGAUAUUACCAAUACAAAAGAUAUUACCAAUACAUCGAUUAUAUAUAAUGAUUAUGUAAUACCAACGCAUUACAACGUCACAUUAAUACCAUAUUUAGGAAAAAACGAAGAAGACAAACAUGUAAACUUUACAUUUACACAUUUUAAAAAAUAUAUAGAAGAGCAUCAAGCAAACGGCAGAAUUGUUUUUUAUGGUGAAAUGAAUGCUGCUAUUCGCAUUUUUCGUCCAACUACAAAAAUAAGUUUAAAUUCAUCAAAUUUUAUUUACCAUCUAUCAGCAGAAGUGAUUGAAAGAGAUGUUAACUUUCGAUCAAAAAAUGUUUCAUCUAAUGAAAUAAAAAUUGAAUAUGAUAAUGUAACGCAAAUUUUGGUUCUUCAUCUCAAAUCUAAGAUAUUAUUUGAAAAUUACAUACUGAAUAUAAAAUUUCUUAAUGCUAUUAAUAUCUUAGAAGAUAAUAAUAUUUUCUUAACGACUACAUAUAUAAAGAAAUCAGGAAAUGAAAAAUGGUGGAAUAAAACACAUAUCUCAAUGAUUGAAGUCCAACGAAUGUUUCCAUGUUGGGACGGAUUGUCAAAAAGCAAUAUGACAAUAAAGAGCGAUUUCAACGUUUCCAUAAAAUCUUACUGCAAUUAUUCAAUCUUCUCAAAUGUGCCAAUACGAGAGUCAAUAUACAAAUUAAAUAAUGCAAAAGAAUGUAUGCGAUGGACAUACUUCGGCAUUAAAUCUUUUCUGCCUGCUCAUCUCGCGAUAAUUAUAUCACCAAUAAAUUUUUUUCCCGGUUGUGGCACAGAUAUCAUCCACUUCUGGCAAUAUCCAAACUCAAACGAUAUACAAUUUGCGGAAAGAGUUUCAUACAAAGUUAUAAUGAAGUUGAAAUUUGAAUGGUUUAGAAGAUUGGGAAUGCCAAAAUUGCAACUUAUCGCAAUCCCAAAUUUUCGAAAUGAUAUUAAUAUAAACUUCGGACUCGUCGCAAUAAGAGAAACAAGUAUUUUUUACAAUCAAAGUCUACACUUUAUUGCGCAUAAAAUAGAAGUGGCACGAUUGAUAACGCGUGGAAUUACAUAUCAAUGGUUCGAUAAUUUAAUAAACCGUACUUCGUCUAAUUUGUGGUUAAACGAUGGUCUUAUUACAUUAAUUGGGAUGAACGUUAUGAAUGGCGUCAAUGUUCUCGAGAGAAGAAAUUUGGAUAUAGUGGAUUUAUUCAUAGUUCAGGCUCAAUAUGAAUCUCUCCAAUUGGAUGAUUGUAAUUUUACACAAGCUCUCACAUCAGAAAUUAGUAGUUACCCUGAAAUUAAUUCACUUUCCUCUUAUUACCGUUACAUUAAAGCACCUUUAAUAUUACGCAUGCUGCAAUAUUUAAUUACUGAAGAAGUGUUUUGGAAGAGUGUCCGCCGAUUUGUAGAUAUGCAUGCGUUUGAUUGGACAACUUCUGAUCAUUUUUGGUAUAUUAUGGAAAAUGCUAUAUAUGAAAAAAAUCCCUAUGAAGAAGGUAGUACUAUAAGAUAUUUAAUAAAUAAGUGGGAAGAAAAGUAUGCGAAUUAUCCUAAAUUGAAAAUAAUACGAAAUUAUAAUGAAAAAAGAAUGCAAAUAAUAAUAGAAAACUACUACGAUUAUGAUAAAAAUGAUCAGCUAUGGAUACCUAUAACGUUUACUACUCAGAGUAAUCUUAAUUUUAUGAAUUUGGCUUCUCCGCUUCGUGAUGAGAGAUUGAUAUUUAUAAUGUCACCACUUGGCGCACAAGUUGAUAUAGCAGAAGAUGGUUGGGUAAUGUUUAACAUACAACAAUCCGGUUAUUAUCGCGUUAAUUAUGAUGCUGAAAACUGGCAAAGAAUUGCAAAAUAUUUAAACUCUACAGAAUAUACGAAAGUACAUGUUCUCAAUCGUGCUAAAAUCAUCGAUGAUGCAUUUUAUUUUAUGAUAACGCAACAACUCGAGUCUUCCAUAUUCUGGAAUUUGACGAGUUAUCUUAAACAAGAGACAAAUUAUAUAGCAUGGUAUCCUAUGCUCAAAGCUUUGGAAUACAUGUCGAGCAUCUUUUCAUUUACAGAUAAAAGAGUCAAUGAUAUCAAGGAAAAGUUAAACAACGUGUUAAGUGGUCUUUUUUUAAAAAUAACAUAUGAAGGAAACAUUUGAAGAAAACAAAUUUACUAAAUGUUUAAGACAUGAAGUCAUUAAAUGGGCAUGCAUCCUCGGCGACCCCACAUGUCAGAGAAUAGCUUACGAAAAAUUGAUAGCUUAUAUUACAGAGUUGAAAACUAAUAAAAAUUAUAAACUUUCUCCGUGGUGGAAAGAAUGGACAUAUUGUCAAGGUUUGAUAUUAGCAGAUUUUGAUACAUGGAAUACGAUAAAACGGAUGGCAUUGAUGAAAAAUCAUUAUAAUAGAAUUUUAGAAUAUUUAGCUUGUUC